AUGUCUUUGAUGACUAUGCCUAUCCUGAUUAUAAAUCUGGGUGGAGAAAUGCUUUAUGUUUUGGAACAGAGACUCCGAAUUCAGAAUGAACCAGAGAAGAAAAUAAAGAAAGUGAUGACUGAUAUCGUGAGUGUGAUGUUCAGUAAGGAGUUUAUGGGGCAGUUGAUGCAGCCGCAGGAGAUCUACUCACCCCAGUCUCUGCGUGCCAUGCUCACACACCUGACUCACAUCCCCAUCAUGAAGCUCAACUCCAGCAUGAGGGACAGGCUGUACGAACUGAUGACUAUGGCGUUUAAGUACCAGGUCGCCCAAUGUCCUCGACCACGAGACUUGCUGCUCAUCACCUUCAACCACAUGGAUGGAGUUCGGUGUCUCGUUAAAGACAAUCCCAGCCUUGUUCACAAAAUCAAUGAGGUGCAGCGUCUCAUCACUGAGAUGUACGCACCUUUAUCGAACGGUGACUUUCAGGUCCUACGGCAGACGCUUCUCACUUUCUUUCAGGAUGUAAAAAUUCCGGUGUUGGUUUUCCUGAAGGAAGAUAUCCAGAAUCCAGACGGGAGUUUAAUGAUGCCGACGUCUGGCCCAGUGCCUCAUGGCUCUGAAGUUCCAGGAAUGAUCAGGUAUUUUAACAGCCAAGGCAAGGAGGUGAAGAGGCAGGAGUUUGUGAGUGGAGGCAACUACACCAGUGCCAUGAGGGAUGCUUCAUUCGGCUUGUCCGGAGACAGAGUGAUCAGUCUGGGCACUAACAUGUACAGUGACAGUCCAGCUGAGGAGCCAGGUGCUUCAGGAAGUGCCAAACCCCCCGGUAGUGAUCCUAACCCUCUGGCUAAAGUGGAGCUGGACCUGUUGGCCAAGUUGAUGGGUCAGGUGGAGGUUGGGGAGGAUGUUUGUGCUGUUGGAGGGAUGAGAUUGAGUGUGUUCCCUGAAGAGAAGGAGGAAGCCAAGGAGGGAACGUCCUCUGCGCCUGGUGAGGGGUCCAGUGUGGUAAACAUUCAGGCUGCAUCGGGCAACACUGAGCUGCGCCGCAUUGCUGCCGAGUUCACUGAGAAGGAAGAGGAGACUGGGGGAACCAGUGACAAAGGAGAAGAUUUGCUGUCCAUGAUGGAUAAACUCUAAAGAGCAAAUGUUUCUCUUACAGAAAUCUCACUUUCCAUGGGAGAUCAUGUACAGUUAAACCAUGAUGGCUUUUUUUUUUUU